AAAGAAAAAGAUGAAGCAAGAAAUGAACGGCGGCGAAAACGAAGCAGAGAAGAUAAGCUACGUGUUCAAAGUGGUGGUGAUCGGAGACUCGGCGGUGGGAAAGACACAGCUUCUGUCGAGGUUCGCAAAGAACGAGUUCUGUCUGGACUCUAAAUCAACCAUCGGAGUAGAGUUUCAGACAAGGACAGUCACCAUCAACUCCAAACUUAUCAAGGCGAAGAGAGAGAGCUUUAAUUUGACGUACCACGUGGCAAUGAUAAUGCUGGUUGGUAACAAAGCGGAUGUAGUGGAAUUGAGGAGAUCAGUGAAAACAGAGGAUGCAGUUGAGUUUGCGGAGAAGCAAGGGCUGUGUUUCUUCGAAACAUCUGCGCUGAGUGGGGAUAAUGUUGAAACAGCUUUCUAUAAUCUGCUUCACCAAAUUCACACUACUGUGGUGUCCAAAAGAAGGGCAUUAUUGGACAUUAGCACCAAUAAUAUUGUGAAGCCUCAUCUAAUCAUGACUAGUAGUAGUACUAGUACUAUUACAGGGUUGAAAAUUGAUGAUGAUUUUGAAAUUAGUGAGAUGAAGAAGAUAUCCACCUGUUCUUGCUGA